AUGAAGCGAGACGGUUUCCCUCUGCCCGCGUCCAAGGGAAGCGUUACCUUUGACGAGCCUAAGAUUAUUAAUGGAAAUAUCACUUUCGAUGGCGGAAUGAAGACCUACGGUCGCGGAGUCGAGUGCACCGAGGGCGAGGGUGGCGAUAGCGAUGCCGUCUUCAUCAUUCAGUCGGGUGGCACGCUGAAGAACGCCAUCAUCGGUAAGGAUCAGGUCGAGGGUGUGCAUUGUGCCAGCCCCUGCACAGUGGAGAAUGUCUGGUGGGAAGCUGUUUGUGAGGAUGCUUUGUCUCUCAAGGAAGGCAGUGGUCCCUACAAUGUCAGAGGUGGUGGAGCUCAGGGUGCUCAGGACAAGCUAUGGCAGCAGGUCAUCCAACACAACUCCGCCGGAGCCGUGAACAUCGAGGACUUCACCGUCUAUAACUUCGGCAAGCUCUACCACUCGUGCGGAAACUGCGACACUAUGUCUAAGAGAGGGGUCACUAUCUCCGGCGUGACGGCUAUCGAGGGAAGCGUUCUUGCCGGCAUCAACAGCAAUUAUGGCGACACGGCCACUAUCAAGGGCGAUACUUGUGCAUCGACGGUCGACACUAUCUGUCAGGAGUACGAUGGCAAUGACUCGGGUGAAGAGCCCCCCGAGACCGGAUCUGGACCUAGUAGUGCUUGUAAAUACUCGGAGCCUGUUGCUUCCUGCUAA